AUGACAUGGGACGAGUUUAAGGUGCCAUUCCUUAAACACCACAGUCCCAAGGCGGUCAUCAACAGAAUCAAGGAGGAAUUUAUCCAGUUAAGGCAAAAGGGUGAAUCAAUUGAUAAGAUCACGGGUAUCUUUCUUAACAAAUCGAGAUUAUGUGACGAGUUAGUGAUGACCGAAGAGCAGAAAAAUUACUACUAUAACAUGCUAAGUGCCGAAUAUCGGGAGUUCAUGACUCCCUCAAAAUACGAGACUCUCACCAAGAUCAUAAACACUGCUCGGGAACGGGAGAUUGAGCUGAAAAAGCAGAUAGAGCGGAGUGAAAGAAGGGCGGUAGAUGUUAACCCAAGCCCUACUAAGAAGGCACGAACAACGGAAUCGGCAGAGAAGCCGGAUGUGAAAGGCGGAUCACCGAGUUGUAAGGUAUGUGGAAAGGGGAAUAAGGGCGAGUGUCGCUUUAAGGAUAAACCAUGUCCCAUAUGCGGAAAAACAGGGCAUACAGCUCCGCUAUGCCCGGGGAAAGUUUUGGUUUGUUACAAAUGCUACCAACCGGGUCACAAGAAAUCUGAGUACCCGGAGUUGGACGGGAAAAAGAAUGAGAAGGGUGUGCAGAUGGAGGCAUAA